CCAGACCUGAAAGCUGCUUUGCCAACAGUUCAUGGAAGCAGAGGAGAAUUCCGGCUCGAGCGAGGAUUCUUUGGUUAGCCUGACCGCUGGCGACGUACUCAUUCGUUCCACCAGCUUCCACAUGAAACAAACGCCUCUCCCCUCCCGAACAGUGGGAGGUGCUGGCAGCAAGUCGCCCGUUCGCAUUCAAGAGCGGAUCCGGAUUUCAGUGAAGAAGCUUCGGGAGGUGCCUCCGCCCUAUCAUCCGGACGAUUCCGCUUGGAUGGAUGAGGAGCAUAUCCCACCUGCCUUGCCGGCAAACAAGCCUGUGCUUCAAAAACCCACGGCUGCAGCUUCUAGGACUUCAACAGAAGCAACAGACAUCUUUAUUUCCCAGUACAACGCUGGACAAAAGGAGGCUGUGAGAGCUGUAUUCAAACAGAGAAUUCAGAAUGUCCCUGUAUUCAAAGAGGUGAAAGUGCAGCUUCUCGACAAUGUUUGCCCGGAUCAGAAGGAGGGCACCAAGUCUGCACGCAGUGAGAUGGAUUCGGCGACAACCAUUGCAGCAGCAACCGCAGCGGCCAUUGCUUCCGCUGCACCACUUCUCAAAGUCCAUAGCGACUUGGAAGCCAAAGUGAGCUCCGUUUCCGAGAUCCUGAAGAAGCUGCAAGAGACGGACAAGCAGCUGCAGCGCAUGGCCGAGCAGCAAGCCGCCCUGAAGGCCCAGCCGCCCGGGAGGCCCCCCUGCAAUCUGAGAGCCGCCGAGCUGGAAAAGCAGACGACUCUCUUUAUGGAGCAGCGGAUUCGGCACCUGGAAACACUGCAACAGCAGCAAAUGAAUAUUCAGACCCAUUUACUCAACUCGGCGCUGAACUCGGGUGGCUUCCAAGCUGCCAGCCUCCCGCCUUCUCAGACGGCAGCUGCGGUGAAUCCAGGGAGGCCCCUCGACAACCCCAUGUCACCUCAUCGACGGGAUUUAUUCUCCUCAAAUCCAUGGGAUGGGCAAGCCCCUUCUCGGAAGUUUGGAAGUCGCGCCGGCCGGAGGCAGAAGUCCCCCCUGAAGACGCCUGCCCCGCGGCGGUAUGCUCCCGUGCCCGUCUCGAAAGACGCUAAGAUUUCUCACAAGAUGGCGAAGCGAGAGCAGCCGAUCAGAGAGAAAGAAAACAUCCUCAGGUCACCUGAUAAAGAGACUCAAGGCGGAGGAAGAUUCCUAGAGCAGAUUCUGAAUUCUCAUGAAUCCCCGUUUGGUCAGAGUCCAUCUUGGAAGGCGCCGCCCCCCAACAAUCAAAUGCCCUGGCAGUUGGAAAGAGAGAGGUAAAUAAGGGUCUCCAUCAAGCCUUUCCUGGUAUUUGAAAACCCGGUUCCAGAUUCCGGCCCAGUUGAGAGAACAGCGAAGAAAGCUGACGACGUGCUUCGGGAUCUCGGGCAACUGAGGAGAGAGAUGCAGGGCAUUCUGCAGGAAGCGAAGGAAUGGAAAUCGGACAUGAACCAUUUUAUGAAGCCCAAAGAGCGGGUUCUCCCGAGCCGCCCUGAAGCUCCGCAACUCCCCAAGCCGUCCGUCCUCGAGACGGCCAAAGCCCCCAAGUCCAUCGUGAGGGACGCCGAAAGGAUCCUGAGGGUGGUGCAGAAGAACAAGAAGGUCCUCGAAGAAAACCUGGAGGCCAUCGUCAGGGCCAGGGAUGGCACCGCCCUGCACUUGUUCAUAGAUGCUUUGACUGCUGACAGGGACGUGCUGGAGGAGAUCCGGAUCAGAAAGACUGUCGACGAAUGGAUUAAAACAAUCAGCUUGGAAAUCCAGGAUGAAAUGGCAAGGAAGGCUCAGGAGGAAGGCAGGCCUGAGGAGGAGCUCCGGAAGAUGCGGCAGACGGUCAGGCCCGCAAAGGCCGGCAGAGAAGCGAAAGCCCAGUCCCGGCAUCCCCAAGGAAACGCAGCCAAGCGGCCCCUGCCGGCUACGGGGCCCACUCAGAAACCAGCACAUCAGGCGCUUCCAAAAACGAGCUCAGUGGUUCCCAAUGAAGGGUAUCUCUCUCAGAUUUACGGGAGGCCGGUCUACCAGGGACGCAGGAGCACGCUGAAGAAAUCGCCGUAUCUCAGGAUCAACUCCCCACCUCCCAAACCGAAGCCCACAAGACCUAAAUUGAUAGAAAGCAUUAGAGGUACCAAAGUUAAAUCUGCGAGGACGCAGACGGGUCCCUGUGUACCCAGCAAAGCCGCCAGUCCUAAAAAGCUCCGCCCAUGCUCCGCCCCUUGCCGGGAACUCCAGUAUCUCUUCAGCCCCACCAAAGAGGCGCCUGACACUACGGGUCCCCUGGAGGGCCAUCUCAUCCCCAUGGCCAUUCCGUUAGGUCAGAAACAAAUCACCAGCAUUUUGCCUGAACCUUCAAGUGUAGUCAUAGGCAAAUUCCACCCUGUCACCGUGACGACCUCUGUUCCUCCUGCUCCUCCAAAGCCACCACCAAACGUGCAGAAGCCGAACAUUGCAGUCGUGGAGAUGAAAUCAGAGAAGAGGGAUCCGCCCAAACUUUCCGUGCAGGUGCUUCCAAACGUCGACAUCGAUAGCGUUUCGAGCGACAGCCCGAGGGGGAACGAAGCCCCUGCCAUGCCUCUUCUGACCCAAGCAGCGAUAGAGAGCACUGUGGAAGACAGUUGGCACCAGGAAGAAGAAGAAGAAGAAGAAGAAGAAGAAGAAGAAGAAGAAGAAGAAGAAGUGAAGCUUCCUGGCACUGACUUUGUUGAGAUUCCUGAUGUCCCUCAGGAGGAAGGGGACAGCGGCGAGGAGGAGAUCCCAGAAUUCCCGGAACCAGUUCUGGAGUUCAACAGGCAAGGGGAGACUGGGUCUCCGCAAUACAACGGCCCGCCCUUUCCACCGCUCGCUCCCGCUCCUCAGACCUCGGCAGACGUUCUGGAUGAAAUCAUAGAAAGACGGGAAACCCUGGAAAACAAGCUGGUCAGCUGGGUGGAGCAAGAGGUGAUGGCGCGGAUCAUCAGCGGGAUGUACCCAGCCCGGAAGGAGGCUGUGCCCAACGUCAGUUCUUCAGAGAGUGAAGAGAGCCAGGCUGCAUCUUCAGACAUUGUGGAAGCCGCGGGACCGGCGGGGCUCCAGCUCUUUGUCAGCGCCGGCGCACCCGUCGAUUCGGAAGUGAUCAGGCAUUUUGUGAGCGAAGCUCUCGCCGAGAGAGUCGCAAUCCUGCUGGGAGACCGAGAAGGCCAGAAACCAGCUACUGCUGCGGUCGCACCCCUGCCCGUAGCUCUUCGGCCCUCCGAGGACCCUGUGCUAAGGACUCCACUGGCCACCCCGCAAGCCACACCCCCUCCAUCGCCACCGCCGCCCCCUCUACGAGAACUGUCACCAGUGAGAACGCCAGAGCCCUCUCCCCCCGCCACUGAAAUUGACGGCGAGGUCGGCGAACGGCAGCUGACGACCGCAGCAGAACCGCAGGCAGCAGCUGUCAGUCUGGUUCACACCCCUGCCGCUACUCCAGUGGCGACACCACCCGGGGUGGUGACACCGAGCCCUCCCUUGUCCGAGCGCAUCCCCGGCAGAGAAGCGACAGAGGGCCACCAGCCUCCAAACGCGUGGGGGGAUGCCGAGCUGCCCCUGGAGGAAGAGAAGCCCAGCCCACGGAGCGAAGAAGAGAGCUACGACCCCAGAGCUGUUAUCAUGUCAGUGGCGAAAGACGAGGAGCCAGAGAAUUUGGUGGUGCUGCUGCCUUCUCCGCGGCCCGUUCAGCCUCCCUACCCGCUUCUUCAAGAACCCCCGGUCCCGUCUUCUCCGGCGCGCACUCUCAGUUCUGGCCCGUCCACGGAGGAGAGCAGUCUAACUGUCACGGAAACUGAGACCGCAGACAGGCCAAUCUCUGAAGGAGAAGUUCUCUUUAGUUAUGGACAAGUGGUAGCCAUGAGAGCGUUAGCGGAGGAAGGGAUCUGCCCUACAAACCUCAGCGACAGUUUGGCCAGCACUCUUCACGACGCCCACGAAAUGGAUUACGAUCCUCCCAGCGAAGGCCAGGUGGUCCUCAGACCCCACAAAGGACACCACCGAGACCCCAUUCUGUCCCUCCUCUCGAAACUCCCCCAAGUGCCCCUGGCUUCCCAAGAAGACAUCUGUCGUUCCGAGGACACCGACUACAGUUCUGGGGAGCUUAGCGAGGGCCAGAGGCCCAGGCUGACCAGGGUGGCGGAGAGUGUCCUGAUGGGGCAUUCCAUUCACAUGGGCCGGCCUUCAGAACGGCGGCUUCGGCAGGCCCCGUCGCCAGGACAGUUCGAUAGAGCUGCAGGUGAGGCUGCCGGGGACACUGACGCCACCCACGGGCCGAUGAGCAUGGCUGAACUGGAGCAUCCCGCUGGGGCAGAUGACAGGCCGACGGCUCAACCGGCUGAGGCGUCCCAGAAAAGUCACCAGCUGCCAGGACCAGUGCAACCCAGAGUGAUCCUUGUGAGAGCCCGAUCUGAAAUCACACAGCAGACAGGCUUCCAGGCAGAUGCAGAUCGGACGCACGUUGAGCCUGACAGUUACCUCACGUCACCCCUUGCAGAUAAGGGAGACGCACCCCAGUUAAGUCCCCUGCCCGCUCCCGCAAAGGUGUCCAUGACAGUGCCGUCCGCAAACGUCGAGGACCUCCAGAGCUUCAGUUCCAUCCACGAGAGCUCCGACUCUUCUGGGGCAGAUACGUUUUAAUGUGCGUUUCAAUGUGCGUUUCAUCUCCGUCGAGGCAUGUGAGGAUGGAAGGGUGGGGCGUUGACAGAUGUUUGGAAAUAAUAUCAGGGACAAGCAUUUGGUGGAGACAUGGCAUCGGCCAGAUGUUUCAUUUUGGCAACGGAAUCUGCUUGCUUCAUCAGAAUCUCUUUUUUUUUUAACGCGUUUGUCAUGUGUGAGCGUGCGCACUGUUUUUUAACAAAUAAAAUAUUUUUGGUUUUUAAAAA